GCGAGUGAGCGAGUUAUUCAGAAGAGGGAGUAGCUCUGCGAAAGGCUUUACUUCUGCCCUCAUCAGCGCGUACUAACCAACCAUCGAGACUUUCCUGCUAUACUCUACGCUCCCUGUCCCCGUCUCUCACAUCUUCGGCACAUACUGUCCCUCUUACUGAGACUCUCUCCUCGUGUGUCGUUCUCCCGCCCCCUGCUUCCCUUCGCUGUGGGGCCUCUGUCAUGUCUACUGUCCAGCUCAGCAUCGUCGUUUUACUGUCCUUGCGUUUCUUAAUUGCUUCCCGGGUGCGCUUACUUUUUGAUGUGAAAAGAGCAACGUGAAAAAUAUUGGCGCGCCUUUCUGUCCAGCGGACAGCGGGCGACACGAAGGCGAGACGAGACAUCCAUAUGGUGUUAGCUUACUGGGGCCGAGGGGCGAGAGAGGAGAGAGAGAAGAGAGAGUUGGGUUGGUGAGGACCGGAGCCGGGCUGAAGACGGACGAACUCUUGCCACGUGUGGUUAUGUUGAUCAUUGCACGUGAGGUGUCUUUUCAUCUAUCUCGUCAUUUUCAAUCUAAUUCCUCGUAAGCGAAGAUUACCCCGCAGGUAUAGGAGUGCUGGAACGGGCGCGGAUCAGCAAUCAAGUGAGAAAAAGGACGAAGUUGGAACAAUGCCGGGACCAAGGAAUGGGGGCGGCUUUGAUAAAGGACCAUCAGAAAGAUCAUUGAAGGAGCCGUGGCGGUCAACAACAGGAAGACAUGGGGGAUCAGUCCUAGGGGGAGCAGGUGGCGGCGGGGCGGGUUUGACGAAUGCAUAUAAUCCUCUUUCAGGAACAUUCCAUGCUAUAGAGACUUGUUCGACGGCAACAAACGGAAUUGAAGUGGGUCAGAAUGGGCGGUACCAUUCAUUUGAUGAGGGAGACGACACGGGGAGCCUUGGACUUAGUCUUGAUUAUGACUCUGUCUCGAAUAACGGAAGUUGUUCGGGUGAGUCGGAGGAUCAGGGUCAUGCAAGCAAUGGUGGGGGAGGAAGUGGAGGGUCGGGAUCGGGAAAGGACAGGUCGGGGUAUUCAUCGACGUCAUCGUCGUCAUCGCCCAUGACCAGGAUGGGCACACCACCGGGUGCGACGGCAACUACGUCCAGCAGUAGUAAGAGGGAGAAAACACGGCUAAGGAAUGAGAAGAAGCAUCAAAGGCAAAGGGAGAGACGGGCGCUGGAGAUCCGGGAGAAGUGCAUGCAUUACCUGACAUCAAGAAAGCUGGAGGCAUUGGCACAGCAACUUGUAUCCAUGGGAUUUACAAAAGAAAGGGCCACGGCAGCAGUUCUGUAUAAUGAAGGGCACCUGGAGAAAUGUGUGACGUGGCUACUAGAAGGGGGAGGGGAUGGAGCGGACGGGGGAGAGAAGGAGGAGGAUGUAGGGAGUAUUAGCAGUAUGACACUGAAGAUUGAUAUCUCGGAAGAAUUGGCGAGGAUGACAGAAAUGGAGCUGAGGUAUGGCUAUUCGAGAGGAGAUACGGAGAGGGCGGUGGUUGCCUGUGAGGGUGACUUGACGAAAGCGGAGGAAUGGCUCCGAGAGAGGCAUCCAAAUGGCAAGUCGACGGCCACCGUGGUUGCGAAUGGAAAUGGGAAUGCAAAUGGCAAUGGGCAUGGGAUUGCUACCACAGGGGUGGUGGGCGAUCGAAAAAAGGUGGUGGUUGCAUCGUCGCUCUCCAUGAUGACCUCAACCACUGUCUCUGGUCCAGCCUCGUCAACAUUGAUGCCAAGUGCGAUGACUGGGCCAGGCGUGAGUGCAAAUGGAAGUGGUGGAAUCUCGAGGGUGUUGUUAGCGAAUGGUGUGCCGAAGGACAAGGGUGUGAAUGGGGUGGCCACGAAUGGCGAGCAGCAUCAGCUGCCAGGAAGGGGCUCAAUAGUGUCUAGAGGGGUGGGAGGGGGGGGCAUGAUUUUGCACUCCCUCACAGGGGGAGUCUGUACUCCACAGACUUCUCCCUCUCUUCCAGGAAGGUGGAUUAUGCAUCACCAUGGCUUACAGCAACAGCAGCAGCAGCAGCAGCAACAUCAGCAACAACAACAUCAUCAGGUGAGUUAUCAACAGAUGCAGCAGCAACAACAGCAGCAGCAGCAGCAGCAGCAGCAGCAGACAAGUCAGCAGUGGCAGCAGCCGCCACAAGCACAGCCUGUGCAGCUGUUCAGGAAUCAGAGUCAGCAGCAGGCCAAUCUCCCACAACAGAAGCAGCAGCAGCAACCGUUGCUGACACCACAGCAACAGCAGAGUUUGGCCCAGGUGUUGAACGGACGGCCCAGUGCGCAGGCCCAAGGCCAACACGUUUUGGGAAACCAGUCAUCUCCAUCACCCAUAUUGCCCCCACAGCAAUCGUCGCAGCUGUCAAAGUCUCCACAGCGGGGACUACAGCAGACGGGACAUCCAGUGAGUAUUGCUCAGCCAUUGACACUAUCUCAUGAAUCGAAAGAUACGCCGCAGCAGGUAAAGCAAAUGCAGCUACUCCAGAAUCAACAGCAACAGCUGCUGUUGCAACAGCAGCAGCAGCCGCAUCAUUUUCAGCAGCAGCAGCAGCAGCGGCAGCAACAGCAACAGCUGCAACAGCAACAACUGCAGCAGCAGCAGCAGCAACAACAACUACAGCAGCAGCAGCAGCAGCAGCAACAACAACAAUUACAGCAGCAGCAGCAGCAGCAGCAGCAACAACUACAGCAGCAGCAGCAGCAGCAACAACGACAACAACAACAACAACAACAACAACAACAACAACAACAACAACAACAACAAGAACAACUUCAGCAGCAGCAGAAGCAACAGCAGCAGCACCAGGUUCCUGCUCAACAAGUUACGGUGUCCCAAUUCUCAUCACCGAUGCCGGUUGAGGUGACUGCUGCGGGUGACUUCGGAAGCCUUAGCACAAGUCCUAGCGGUAGAUCUUCUAGUUUAAGGUUAUCCUGGGCGUUUUCGAACAUUUCGUCGAAGGACUCUGCAGAUUUGCAGACAGUGAAACUACCAGUAUGCAAUGGGGUAAGUGGUGGGCUCAUCAAUCCUUUGUCAUUGGGAGCCCUAAGAUCCAACGUCUCUACAGCUGCCUCUUCUCCUGCAUUUUCGCCUGUGUUGUCAUCUCCUCUGCAACCUUUGAAUUCCCCGUCGUCCACCUUCUCUGUACCACAGAGGCGCCCUGCGUCUCCAACACAGAUACCUGCCGUCUCCCAAAUGCAUCUCAGAUCGGACCUGCAAGUUUCAGAAGCAGGCCCUGCCAGCACAGUCCCUAAUUCCCUGGCAUCCCCAGGAAACAUGAGCAUGGGUGGACACCUUCUCCUCCAGAGCCAGCAACAGCCGCAGCCCUUGCAACAGCUGCAACCCCAGCAUCAACAGCAGCAGGUGCAGCUUUCAGGAUUGACCUCAGCGUUUCAGUCAGGCCACCAGAAUGGCACUGUCCCAGGGUUCUCGUCCUUGGGAUGGGGAGAAAGGAGGAGCACAAGCAGUGUUUCUCUAGCUCCCUCUUCGUUUUUAUCUCCAGCAAAAGCGGUGCCAUUUGCAUUGGUGUCUGGGGCGUCUUCAUUAGCGUCGCAUCCUUCUUCACUCUCUCAUGGUUCCGUACCAGGGUCAUCUUUUGUUGAUGAUCUGGGUAGGUUUAAAGCAGCGGCAUCGGGAUCAGGGUUGUCACUCGGGGUGGGAGUAGGGGGAUCUGUUGCAGUCCACGAAGGAAAUGGCGGUAUGAAGCCCCCCAUGGUUUCGGGUGUGGGGAUGUGCUUACCCAUUGGCACCCUAUCUCAGGUGCAGGCUCAACACCAAUGCAAUGGGUACUUAGGCAGAAUGACUCCACCGAUGACUUCAUGGGGGCCAGCAGGUCCCAGCGGUGGUGGGGAAGGUGCAGUGAAAGGGAUCGAAGCAGGCCCGUCUGCAAUGCCACUACCAGCAGAACCUCGGUUAGUGAGCGCGCCUAGCGGUCUCACGUCCUUGCCCUUGGCGUCGUCGACAUCACUCAUGGCCACGAAUGGACCCAUGACAUCGUUGUCGGGUUCGUUGGCAUCAUCAUCACCCCUCUCACUCUCUUCUUCUUCAGCAGCCUGGACCUCUGGGCUUGGAGGAACAUCGUCGGUUGACUGGAGCAUUAACCCAGGAAGGAGGGAAGGGAUCAAAAUGAAUGGGGUUGUUGGUUGGGGUGCAGUGCAAUCAGUAUCAUCGUCAACCUGUGCUCCGACUGUUGGGUCUUGUGCAUCCUUGUCCUCUCCAAUGUCGCUUGCUUCAUCGACUUCUUUGCCAUCAUCUGUGAUGAUGUCAACAGGAAUGCCAUCAUCCGGAGUGUCCUCGGCAGGGUUGUGGAACACGGGAUUGCUGUGUGGUGGGUUUGCGACAGGGGCAUCCUUGCAGUCCUCAGCAGGAGGGAGCCAGUCGCCUGGCACGGUAGGGGGUGAUACCAGCAGUGCCAAUUCACGGUGGAAGCUCUCCUCGUCUCCUUCAAGCUGCGCUGCGAACAGUGCAGAGUCGGAAGGUGUGUAUGACAUAUGGAAUGGACCUUUUUGCAAGCUUGGUUCGAGCCUGAGAUGGGUGGUACAGGCCGCAGCAGGGAGGGGAUUGGAGGAGACAAGAGAGAACAGCAGUGAAGGCCUGGAAUGGACGAGUCCGUUCACAGGAAAAGACCUCUUUUCUUCGGAGAUUCGCUCAAGACCCAUCCAGGCAGCGUCGUUGCCUUAGAUGUUUGGCAUGGCCUGUGCUGCAUCACUCAGUCUUUUCGCUUGCCACAAAACCUUGCAAAAAGCGGCUCACACAUAGUCAUGCAGCAUAGGAACGGCCAAUAUCUCUUUGCCCUUCACUCCGAACGUGCAGGUCACUAUUCUUGUCUGAUGUGGGGGGAACUCUGAUUAUUACACCCUCCAUAAAUUGUGCAUAUACUCGUUGGAACUCAGACAAAAAGGGACAGACAGAGAGUUGGACAGUAUGUAUGCUGAAGGAAGGAUGCCACUGAACUGGAAGGUAAAAGUUCUUCAUGAUAUAACUAACGUGUUUGUUAUGUUCAAUUGCAUGUCUGUUUCGUGCUCUUGUCUGUUUGCAACCCCCCUCAUCCAUUUUUUCACUUGUUUUUAAUAAUCUCAGUUGUGUGCGGUCUGUGGUACUAUAUACCCUGUCCCGGUUCUCCGUAGUUCACGUUUGCCUGCUACUUCUUGUUCCUACCCUCUCUCCAGGACUCUCACUGGUGCACACUUAGCUGAGGGCCGCUGCUGACUCCCUCUGUCUCAAGGUUCGUGCCUUUUUUUGCGGGCCAUGAGCUGCGUGUUGUCAGGCAAUGACAUGCAAUGUUACUCGCACUGCAUGAACGUGCCUUGUCUUUUUGUUGUGCUUCUCUCUCAUGGUGAUACACGAGCUGGUUGUGUCUAAGCAGAAGAAAUCUCCUGCUACCUAGAGUUAAUAAUCGUACCUUUGAAGAACCUCAAUCAGGGUGCAGCUCCGUUCCUCCAUGGAAGGAUCUCUUUCUACCCCACCACGGCCCAUUAAUUAAUGGGGCAAGGUGCUGCAGCCAGCUUUGGAGGCUACACUGUGACUCUGGAACACUCUUGUGGUGGGAGAUCAACUGUGGUGAGAUUAAUGUGCCCGCCGUAAUCACAAGCGGUGAGAUAAAUGUGCCCAUAAUCACAACCGCAGGGGUCUUGAACUGAUACGGACAAUGCCGUGGAACAUCUUGAAGGGGUUGCGAGCUGGGAACAAGGGAGGAGAUCUUGGGCCUGUUGCAGUGAAUGGUGGGUUAUCUCUGGCGAGGAGCAAAGGAAGGCUUGCUGGUGGAUGGAUCGAUGUUAAUGCAUGUAUGUGCAGCAGGGUGGCAUGCACUAGGGUGGCUGGUAAUGUGAUCUGUUGUUGUGCUCACGGGAAGACAACAAGCGCUGUGGAAAGGGGAAUACUGGAGUUCGUUAUGUGCUUGCAGUAGCAUGCGCUAUUUGACUGGCUUGGGCAACGGAAAUGGGCAAUGGGGUCUUGCCCCCCCACACAAACUCUGGUUCAUAUUCUCUUUUUUCUUGCGUCUCUUGUAUAAAUAAUCCAUUCCCAUCGCACUUGUCUCUCUCAUGUAUAUAUGGCAGCCACUCGAUGUCAGCCAUAUGCGGUAACAAGUGUUCUCGAUCGUUUGCCUCUCCUGUGCUUGUAUGGUUGCUUUCUGAAUGCAUUGAGGUGUCUACAGAAACUUGAGAAGUUAGAAAGAAACAAAUGUCUGUGGUAUGA